AUUACUUCCGUGUCAAGACAACAACAACAGAUAAAUAUAAACAAUAUACCCAUCAUCGAAACUUUUCUUAAAAACAACCUGUCAUUUCACAUAAAGUGAUAAAUAAUUGUUAGUUUAAUUUUACAUGAUAUAAAUUUAGUAUUUGAUGUGUUGAAAAUUCUGAAGUCAUGGCAUCCCCGUUAGUUCAGCUCCACACACUGCAGAAAGGUGCCACGAGGUUUGUGUGUCAACGCUGUCGCCAGCCUUUAAAGAUUGACCUUUCCUUCGACACGAUAGAACAACAGAGUGACCUGGUCAAAGAACUUACAGCUCCUCUGAUAGCUCAAGCACAUUUAGAGGAACCACUGAUUCCUGAAAAGGAAGAUGCUUACGAGGUUGAUUCCAACAUUUCAAGAAAGAUCAUUCCAGCACGGUAUCCGUUUGAAGAGGACAAUAAUGACUUCACGUUGCUAGGGGAGACCGGACCUCUCAGCAUGGGGACUCUGGGACACAAACCAAAGGUGCAUGCGUUGCUGUUUGACAUCAUGUCAGGACAGUCCACAGUGGACCACCCACUGUGUGAGGAAUGCACAGACACGCUGUUGAACCAUCUUGACGACCAGCUUAAAGUCACAGAGGAGGAAUGUAGAGACUAUCGCAACUUUCUGGACUGCCUUGAGAACAACGGGGACGAGUAUGAAGCUGACGAAAUAGCGCUUGACGAUCAGUUGAAAAAGUUGAAGGCAGAAGAGGAGACAUUACGUCAGCAGUUGCAGCAGGUACAGAGGGAGCAGGAGGUGGUUGCCAUGGAGAUUUGGAAGGAGAAGGAGACAACCAGAAAAUUGGAGGAGGAGGAGGAAAGGUAUUGGCGGGAGUACAAUGAGUACAAACGAGAGGUCCAGGAACUUGAUGACGAACAAAAAAGCGUAGAUAAUCAGCUGAAAUAUGCACAGGUUCAACUGGACAGACUGCAGAAGACAAACGUGUUUAACGCUACAUUCCAUAUCUGGCACAGUGGACACUUUGGGACCAUAAACAACUUUCGAUUAGGCCGUUUGAAAUCUGUGCCGGUUGAUUGGACGGAGAUCAACGCCGCCUGGGGGCAAACUGUGCUGCUCUUACACUCAUUGGCACUUAAAAUGAACCUUAGCUUCAAACGGUACCGACUGGUUCCAUAUGGGAGUCACUCAUACCUGGAGUCUCUCACAGACAAAUCCAAGGAAUUGCCUCUAUAUGCUUCCGGUGGAUUCCGGUUCUUUUGGGAUGUCAAGUUUGACCAAGCAAUGGUGGCCUUUUUAGACUGUGUGCAACAGUUCAAAGACGCGGUGGAGAAGGACAAUUCUCAGUUCUGUCUGCCGUACAAGAUUGACCGGGACAAGAUAGAGGACCCCAGCAAUGGACAGAUGUUCUCCAUCAAAAUUCAGUUCAACUCUGAAGAAACAUGGACCAAGGCGCUGAAGUUCAUGUUGACAAACCUGAAAUGGGGACUGGCGUGGGUAUCAUCGCAGUUUGCCAACAAAUAAUCUGUGCCUGCAGUGAGAAUGUGGCGUGAACUGUGAAGGAGAUAUAGAUGAAUUGUGCUCAGAAAACAUGUUUGUGCUAACAUAAAAUAUGUCAAGACAUGGAAAAUCAUAAAUUACGAAAAUUAUGGAAACUCUUUAUGCCUUACUACCGGUAUUUAAGUAUGGCAUAUACCUUAUUACUGACUAAAGUAUAUUUUAGCUGCGUCCAUGAAAAACUGGGCUUAACGGGUUCAUGUGCACGAAGACGAAGUAUCCUCCCAGUUAAGCCGGUGCAGUCCACACAUGCAAAUCAGGGAUGAGACUUUCUGAUUUUAUUAAAUUUUUCGAUUAAAGGAUGCCUUUGUUAAACAAAAACUCAGUCUAGAUAUAAAGUUUUGUCCCUAAUAAGCCUUUGCAGACUGCACAGGCUAAUCUUCGAUAACACUCUAUGCACAGGCAUUAAGCCUAGUAAUAUUACAGAAUGCGUUCAAGGCAAAUCUAGCAGAAUGUCAUAACUGUAACACUAGUUUGGCGGUGGAAGGAUUGUUACAUGGUCAGACUUUCCCUUAUUCAUAACUUAUUUUCAAUUAAUAUGUCAUAUGAAAAUCCUUAUAACGUUAAUGAGUUAUUUGCUAACAUUUAUUGAUGGAUCUUUGAUAAUUAUUUAUAUUAAACCUUGAGGAUGUAGUUAUUUUUAUAUGAACAAAUUUCUCCUAUAAAUGUUUGAAGUUUUGCGUAAUGAGCAGUUAUUAGCAGAUUGUAUUGAUAUCUACCAUUAGUUAUUGCAAUCAUAGUUAAACUGAUUAUGCCAUGAAUGAUAAUGUGCAAUAAAUUUAUCAAAACA